AUGGAUUUCGAUGACCUGGAUGAGGAGAUCAACAAAAGGGUGCAGGAGGGCGAGGCGGUUGCCUGCCAUGUUAUCGAGAAUCGGCAGCCCAUCAAGGGCACGGUUCUGCCCAAGAUGCGAAGGACGCAUCAGCUACCCGACUUCUCGCGCUUGCCUGAACGGGUGAAGAAGACACUGCCUCCUUACAAUGGGAAGGCCGUCAGCGAGAGGGCACCUGUACUGCGACUCCUUUGCAUCCACGGUGCUGCAGACGCUUACAGCGUGGACUGGUGCAACUUGGAGGAGGAGGCGCCACCAGAAGUGGAGGUAGCAACGCACGAGUUUCCCGGACACGGGCAUCGCGAUGCCGAGCCUUUCUGUUCGACUUUGGAUCAGCUCUGCGACGAUUGCUUUGACGCUUUCAAGGAUGCUAUGGAAACAGGUGCUUUUGCCUUCCUGGGACACUCGAUAGGCGCGCUAAUGGCCAUCAAAAUUGCGAAGCGAGCACGAGCUGAGCUAGGUGUCGAACCAGUUGCAGUGAUCAUGCUCGAAAGGGGUGCCGCGCAACAUCCACUCUUCACGGAAGUUGGUGCAGAGAGACUGCGAAGCGAUCCGGUCAGCUUCUUCGAGUACUGGAACCCCACAGUCUUCAAGCUCUACAACAGUGCUGGAGAUAUUGGAAAGCGGACUCUAGACAUGUGGGCGAAGGACCAAAUCAUGGACCAGGAUGCAAUAGAGGUGGGGUAUCACACCUUCAAGUGUCCGCUCACGGCAUUUGCGGCAGACGGAUCCUGGGAUAGCUGGGUCAAGAUGGAGGAUCUGGUCGAGCCGCACCUGACCAAUACGCACAAAAACAUGGAAGCAGGAGCCUACCGAAUCGAAAAGGAUGGCAAGGCUUUCGCGGGCCACUUCCCCGCUUGGACCUACGAUGGCUGGAAGGACUGGACGGAGCAUCCGAAAGGGUGCAGCAUCGUAAAGUGCAAAGAUUGCGCAACUCAGUCGCAGAUACUGCAUGGCCUGUACCUGCAGUAG